AUGUCGGGUCGCAAGGAAACAGUGCUGGACCUAGCGAGGCUGGUGGACAAGGGGGUGUGCGUGAAGCUUAACGGGGGACGACAAGUGAUGGGCACGCUGAAGGGGUACGACCAGCUGAUCAACCUGGUGCUGGAUGAGGCCGUGGAGUAUGAGCGAGAUCCAGAGGACCCCCUACGUCUGACCGAGCAGACACGACCGCUAGGGCUCAUUGUAUGCAGAGGAACAGCGUUCCUGUACGAGGCCCUGGCGUAUUACAUGAAGCGGGUGCGCUACAUCGCCCCCAAGGAUCUCAUCCCCGAUAGUGCAUACAUCUUCGCGUUCCAUCCACACGGCCGCAUGUUCUACACCAACACUAUGAUGAUCCAGACCAACUACGAAUGGAGAAAAAACUUCUGCCCCAAAGGUGACUUCUUUGCCGGGGCAGCAGCGGGGUUCUACUCGGUGCCUGUGCUGCGCAACCUGCUGUACCUCCUGGGGACCAUGCCUGCCAGUGAAUCAAACAUCCGCAGGGAGCUGCGGAAGAAAAACCACAUGGCCAUUGUGAUUGGGGGCCUGAAGGAGGUCUGCCUUGGCACAACUUCCCACACCGACAAGCUCUAUUUGAUGAGGAGGAAGGGGUUUGCACGCAUAGCAGUGCAGGAGAAGGUGGGAGUCAUCCCCAUCUACUGCUUCAAUGAGAACCAGCUCUUCAAGCACGACCCAGUAUGGUUCCUUCAGUUCUGGGAGAAGGUCAACCGUCACGUCAACAUCGGAGUGCCCUUCAUGCGUGGGGCCUGGAACCUCACCCUGCCCUUCAGACGGGAUCUCUUGGUGGUUGUGGGCAAGCCACUUUUCCCCGAGGAGGGAGAGUCAGUGGAUGAAUUCCAUGCUCGCUACGUCACUGCCAUCACUCAACUCUUUCACAAAUAUAGAGGGAAGGUAUCGGUCGCGGCGGCGGGAGGAGGAGCGGGUUUGGCAGGGGAGCAGGGGCAGGGUCAGGAGAAGGGCGGAGGGCUGUCCGAUUUCCCUCCGGUGCCGGCGGCCAGGAUGAUGGUUCCCGUGAUGAAGAAAGGCUACGGCGCGUUUGGCGGCGCCACUCUGGAGAAGUCGAAGCUCGACCUCUCAUUUUCCACCGCCAAAACCGGCGCGCAGGUGGAGCUUGGGGGAGGCGGCGGUAACAUCGGUAAAGGAAUCGGGCACGGGGGCGGCGACGGCGGCGACGACGGGGGCGACGACGACGACUAUUUCGGCGAGGACGACGGCGACGACGGCGACGACGACGGGUUCAUCCGUCGCACGGUCGUCGCGGAGGUGUUUGACCGCGCGUCCGUGCAGGCGGUGCUGGAGGAGUGGUUCAGGACCAUGGCGGACCUUCCCGCUGGGAUCAGACGAGCUGUGGAAAUGGGCGUGGUGAGUUCAGCGCAGGUGGCGCGGCUCAUGAGCAUGGAUGCGCGCCCCACCAUUGCGAGAUUCGUCUCCCGCCUCGCCCCUCCUGAGCUCUCCCGUGCCUUCAUUGGAAGAAUGAUGGCAGACCCGGCCUUCCUCUUCAAGCUUGCUCUCGAGCAAGCAGCCACCGUCGCCACAGCAGUGCGUUGGGAGGUGCAGCAGCGGCGCGGGCAGCCAAACGGGCAGAACGGGCAGCAGAACGGACAGGACGGCCAGGACUGGAAGACAAAACUUAAUCAGGAAUGGCCCCUAGCCCUUACCAACGUCGUCAAUCUCUCCCUCUGCAACCUGGCGCUUGUAUGGUGCCUCUCCCCCUCUCGAUCCUACGGCUCUACUGCCACUAAUGCGUUUCAAAUGGUGCUGCAAAAACUGCCCAAUAAUUUUUUCGAUCGCAGCUAUGCGCUCCGGGAAUUCAAGCUGCCCGAGCGGGUGGGCAGUUUCUUCUUCAACGCUGCCCGGCUGAGCGUGAUUGGCUCGGCGGUGGGUGCUGCUGGUGGGGCAGUUUCAAAUGCCAUAUUGAAAGGGAUGCAAGGGAAAAACAAAGCAGAAGCAGGAGCAUCACAAGAAAAAGGAGGGGAAUUAUCCAGAGGGAGUGGGGAGGCGUUUCAGUAUCAGCCAUCUGUAGCAGUGCCAUCACUGACAAAAUCGGCUGUAGCAUUCGGUGCCUUCACCGGACUUUCGGGAAACCUUCGGUAUCAGCUACUGUAUGGGAUGGAUCGGGUGUUACAGGAGCAUUUCAACCAUAUCCCUGUCGCCAUCCUUGGCACCACUGCUCUAAGGUUCGGCAACAUACUGCUGGGCGAGCCAUCCCGCCUCUCCUGGCUCGGGCUGGACAGCGAAUCCGUGCAGCAAGCGCAGGCAGAGCACCGAGCCUACCACCGACCCUCGCUCGCAGGCUCGGGGAAGAGGUUCGGCAGCAGGCCCACGUUCUCAUUGCUACUUCAAUUCCUCAGGUUGGGGGGCAGCAAGAGAAGGGUAAAAGGGACUGCAGGGGCGAGACGGCGUGGUGUGAGGAAAGUGGCAGGGAGGGGGGAAGGGGAGGGAAAGGGUGGUGAAGGUGGAGGGGAGAAGGGAGGGCCUGACCGGGUGGUUCGGAGGAAAGUGAAGCGCAAGGUUAGCGUGGCCCAGUAG